AUGGAUCACGGAAACGAAACUCAUCAAAUGCUAGGGUGCCAUCCGUCUGAGUUUAUAAAGUUUGUAAUAGAGGAACGCCCUAAGAUCCUCUGGAGACAUUUGGUGAAGGAGGACGGCUAUAUUGAUGACGACGACAACUAUAAUAAGGAGUUCGCAGAAGGUGUUUUGCUGCGGCGGGAACGUUUCAUGGGAGAUGAUGAGAGUGGAAAGCAGAUUGUGAAGGAAGCACGGGAGAUCUACUAUGGGGAGAAUACGUUCAGCGUGGAGUCUCACUGCCUUCGUGUGUUUCUUAUACGCGAUACUCGGGCGGAUGGAAAGCCCAUGGCGGUAGAGCCAUUUGUGAGCGGCCUCCUCCUGUGUGCGGACAGUCGCCAUAUAAAGCACGGAUAA